AGAGAAGUCUUGUUGAGUAGAAACAGAGAAGUCUUGUUGAGUAGAAACAGAGAAGACUUGUGGAGUAGAAACAGAGAAGUCUUGUUGAGUAGAAACAGAGAAGACUUGUGGAGUAGAAACAGAGAAGUCUUGUUGAGUAGAAACAGAGAAAACUUGUGGAGUAGAAACAGAGAAGUCUUGUUGAGUAGAAACAGAGAAGUCUUGUUGAGUAGAAACAGAGAAGUCUUCUUGAGUAGAAACAGAGAAGACUUGUGGAGUAGAAACAGAGAAGACUUGUUGAGUAGAAACAGAGAAGUCUUGUUGAGUAGAAACAGAGAAGACUUGUUGAGUAGAAACAGAGAAGUCUUGUUGAGUAGAAACAGAGAAGUCUUGUUGAGUAGAAACAGAGAAGACUUGUGGAGUAGAAAUAGAGAAGUCUUGUUGAGUAGAAAUAGA